AUGCAGUCCAACGACCGCUCGGCUAACAUCGCGAGCAUGGUGAAUGGUGACGGGGAGACGCCCGAGAUCCUGGCAGAGAUUUCAGUGGUGCGAGAGAUUUCAUUGGGGUUGGGCAUCCAGUUUUUCACCGAAGGUGCUCACAAGUACACAGGGCCCAAUGCCGGGGCUUCGGGAGGCUACGGUUUCAUGGUUCUUUGCAGGGCUGAGGACUUAGAUUAUGAUGGUUGUGAAAACAGGCCUUUCGUAGCGUGUACUGGCGCGGCCAAAAGCGACAAGGAGGACUGGGUUGCACAAUUCCCGCUCUCAACGAAAGGCAGGGCUAUCGUCAAUCAGCAUGGAGAGCGCUUCCGUCUGCGAAGCGUCAACUGGUACGGUGCGAGUGACCAAAAUCAUGUUGUUGGAGGACUGAACGUGCAGAGCCUGGAGACCAUUUGCGGAACAGUACAGUCCUUGGGCUUCACAGCCGUCCGCCUGCCUUUCUCCAAUGAGAUGUUGAGAAGCAGUGUCGCCAGCGGUUGCAUCGACUUCGACAAGAAUCCAAAGCUCCAAGGGCUCACUGCUCUUGAGGUUCUUGACGAAGUGGUGCAUUGCUUGGCUCGACACCGGGUGGUCUCCAUCCUGAACAACCACACCACGCACGGUGAGUGGUGCGGCGGCCCGGACCGCAAUGGUCUCUGGUUCGACCCGACGAGCAGCUUCUACACGGAGGCACAAUGGCUUGAGGACUGGGCCAUGCUGGCGAGCCGAUAUCGGGACUGCGGCUACGUUGUGGGCUUCGACUUGCGGAACGAGGUCCGUUUCUGCCCUUGGCCGUUCCGCUACCCCAUCUGGUUGGGUGGUGGGCCGAGGAUUCUGCGGAAACUCCUCGGCUGCCUGGGCUUCUGCGACUGGGCCGAUGCAGCGCGGCGUUGCGCGCAACGGCUGCUGGAGACCUGCCCAGACAAAUUGUUGGUCGUGGAGCGCCGGAUUUGGCCAAUGAGGGGGCUGCGGGGCUACGACACAUGUCUCUUGCCGGAGCUCCGGAAUCGAUUGGUUCUUGGAGUACACCACUACAGCUGGAACGGUCCUGGCCGCUACCUACCUUUUGCGCAUCUGAGGAGGAACGGUUGGCAGCUCCUCUCAAGGAGUCUGCUGAGAUUCCUGCGGAUCUUCUCACAUCAGAACUACGGCGAGAUGUCGGCAGGAGAGCUGUCCGAUGUCCUCUUCGAGCAGUGGGGUUGGCUCCUUGAAGGGGACAUCUGCCCUGUGUGGAUCAGCGAGUUCGGCACCGGUCCUGCUCCAGGAUUCGAUCUGGACUGGUUCAAGCGCUUUGUGGAGAUUCUGGGCCGGAUGGAGGUGGACUAUGCUUACUGGCCCUUGAAUGUAGGCCCAAAGCCGGGCUGCGGUGGAGACGAGCCCUAUGGAAUGAUAUCUCAAGACUGGACUCCCAAGCCCGAAGGCGACAUCCGGAUCAAUUUGUUACGACUCCACGGGCUCCUCCCGGCCGUCGGAAGUGAGGCAGCCCGCUGCAAGGAUUUCUGGCAGACACACCUCACCGCAGAGGCAAUGGCCAACACCAUGCGCCAAGCCACCACCGACACCUUCCAGUUGCUGCUGACAGCUUUAUGGCUCUAUACCCGCGAGGCCUGGCUUCGGCACCUCCUCGACGCUCUGGCCGCCGCCGUGUAUGGCGUCCAUGGUACGCACGCCGAGGGCGAUCGUGGUGCCACGGGCGAGGCGCCCGUGGCACUGCCCGCCGAGUUUGCUCCAGUGGCGCCCUUUGUAGAGGCUCUGUCGCCGUGUAUGCAGCUAGUGCAAGCUGCCCUCCUCUGGUUUGAGGAGGCCAACAUCCGACAUACAGCUGUGACGUACCGCCCUUUGCAGCUUCCCAUGCUCGGCUUGCAGAAGCUGGUCGACCGGUACGUUGCGGCACGAAAAGCUGGCGAUUCAGUGCAGGAAAGCGGCCGACUGGACAGUGGUUACUGGCUGUCCUUGGGCGGUGGAUCCUUCUUCAGUUCGCUGUCUUCACGUAGCAUGGCCAUCUCCCGGCUGGCGAAGACUCGCUGCAACGUGUUGGUGAUCAUAAGGCCGGAUGAGAGCUCUCCGAGCUAUCCGAAACACAUGUCUCUGCGUGGAAGCAACGUGGAUGACUCCAUCUUUUCCCUGGAGACCCUCUUCCGGAUCGGGCGUAUCACUCGCACUGUUAGCUCUGAGCUGGAUGUGGACGGCUCCGCCCACUUUACAGGACCAAGGUCUCGAUGGCCGGUGAUCAUCAUCGAGGUCUACUCCGUGAGUUGCUUCACAGAGGCGCCACACGUCCCUGAAGGGGUGACUCGGAGUGACGGCAGUGAUUCUGGCGCUUGGAACAUGAGGGCAACAUCCGGAAAGCCAGUAAGCAGGUAA